CAUCUUAAUGUUGCCAAGAUUGAAAAACAUUGUCUUAAAAGGUUUCCCCUCACCCUCUUUUUCACCCUCCCCAACACAUUUAUUUUGUUGUGUUUUAUGAUUCUGGACUCGAGAAAAUUUUUGUUCUUUCAUUACAGAUGUGGGAUCAAAUAGGGCGAGUUUGCUGUGAGGAAAUGCAAGCAAACAACAACAAUUUCAAACAAAAUUGUGAUGACAGAAGAAAACGCAAUAACUACACCAAUACACUUAAGGAAUUGGCCCAGAUGUUACCCAUACCACUACGGACCAGUUGUAAGAGGUUGACAAAGAAAGAAAUCCUGCUCCGAGUCCUUCGCUACAUUGAACAUCUGCAGACAAGCAUCGACAAAGCCAGGUCACUGCUCCAAGGUCGUGGCCAGGAACAAAAAGCAUUUGGAUCUCAGCAAGUGGUGAUACCUGCCCUGAAGAGAGAGCGCAGAGAAGUCACACCACGGGCAAAAAAUCCCAAGCCCCUGGCCGUCUACAAGAAACCCAGAAAGAGGAGACGGGCCCGCAAAUCAGAUCGCCGUGGUGGUGUGAACAGAAAAGUGUGCAAGUACCUUGCUCUGGAGGCUGGAAAGGACUCUUCCCAUGCUGUCUCAUACCCGGAGGAGGAGAGUCUGCCUGAUGUGGGAGAUGUGUCUUCUAUACUUUCAUCCUUCCAGAAGCAAUCAACUUCCUUUCCCAAUUUUAAAGUUCCAUUACUAGAGCCUAACCAGCCUGCAAACACUAAUCUACUGGAUCUCACCAAAAUUGGAGUCCCAUUUGAUCCUGCAGGCUGGAAUUUUGAUGGUGACCAGGAAUAUGAGGAUGAGAAUACAUUUUCUGUGUACGCAGCACAAAUGGCUUACAAUAAACUGCAUCAGUACAGUGGGGGCCCUGGACACACACUGGUGAGACAAGAGCUUGUGCACUAUCACUCCUCUUGUGAAGAAGAGGAGGAAGAAGGACCCAGAACCAGUCCUUGGCUCUCCAUUCAGUCCCCUUUGAAGUUCUCCAGUGUGGGAAGCAUGCAGCUGUGCUCCCCAGGAAUUGAAACCCGAAGCCACAGCUGUUCUGAUUUGGGGUUGAGCCCUUCACUUUUCUCCUCUCCUGCUCGGCUACUCCCCACACACGUUCUCCAAGGGGUUCAGGAGGAGCUUUCUCCAGUAUUGUUCGAAGAUGUGUAUUUGUCUCCUCAGUCCAGCAAUUUUUCGCACACCCCUGCUGGAACACUGUUGAGAAAGUCAGCAUUCACGCUGGAUCACUGUUAUCUUUCCUACAGUGAAGCAGGUAAAACCGAGUCCAGCCCCAUGUCAAGAGUGAAUGAAAUAAUAUCCUCGUGGAGCGAACAAAUCCAACAGGAAGCCCCCCCGGUGAGACCCGAAGGCCCCGGCUCCUCCAGCGAGGAGAACAGCGACAGCACCUGGACCCCCUGCCCGAGGGCCAAGGCCACGCAAGGAGGCCCCCUGAGGAAGAAGAACAAGAAGAAGCAGAAGAAGACGGCGGCCGGCAGGAGAGCCAGGCGCCCACCGGCAGGCGCUGAGAAGCGCAGCAACGCCUCGCCCCCCCUGCAGCUGAAGAAGAAGUGCGUGAACGGCUUCAUCAUGUUUUGCCGCCUGAACCGCAAGCACUUCAUCCGCACCUGUCCAGGCAUGGCUUCCACUGCAGCUACAAGGGAGCUGGCCCAGCUGUGGCGUAUGAUGACAAAGCAGGAGCGGAAGCCAUAUUGCAUGAAAGCUCGCCGAUUCAGCCGCCUCAACAACCGAAUUGUGAGAGACGACUUCUCCAGUGGCGAUGAGGAGCCAGAACCACCCAAACCCUUCCACUUGCUGCUUGCUGAGAAAUGCAUUCCUGGCACCCAGACAGUGGGCAACGUCUCUUUUUUAGGCUGUAUUCCAUGAUUCUUCCCCAUUGUGAUGGUAAUGUAUAUCUGUUCAGUGGGCUCUGGGACCCUCUCUCCGCUGACGAUGUUGGGACUUCCCUGCCCACGGUUCUGCAGUAGAGUGUGUGCCUGCUUCAUUUUUAGCAAAACACCAAGCAAUAGGAGCUUUACCCUCUGGUUGACAGGGGGAAUGUAGGGGGAAUGUAGAGAAGCAACAAGGAAGGAGGCCAUUUACCCCGUUUCUCCCCAAAACAUCAGCUUUCCCCGUCUAUUUUCCUUGCUUAGACUUGUAUCAUAUCUCACCGCCAAUGUUUCAUCUGUCGUUAUGCAUUUUGGUUUCCUGAGCAGAACGAAGACAUUGAUAGAUGGGAUGGGUUCCCCCCCGCCCCAGAUUUCCAGAUGUUGCAGUCACUACAGUCCUAUAUAUGCUGUUCUAUCCUGCCUAUAUCCAAAACUGAUCUCUAGUGACCUUGAAGAAAGCAGGAUCGACUGCAGGGAGAAAACAGCAUGAGGAAGGGGUAUACCUCUAGAUGACAGGACCAUGUUGGUCUAUUUGAGAACAUGCCAAGUUUGAGAUUUUAACUUUUAUCCUUGAUGUAAAAACACAAACGCAUUUGAAAGGAUCUGCUUUUAAAAAUAAUUUUAAUGAACCGGAGACAAAAAUCUAAGAUCUAUAUUUAUUGUCUUUUUAAUCUGCCCUUCGUCUCCCACAGCUUUGUGCCAUAGAUGUUCUCAGAUCCACCUCAUCAGUUUAGUUAACCGCAGUUUAGUUCCAUAUUUGGCGAGUACAAAUGGAAUUUCUGAGGUCCGUAUAGACUUGCUUGCUCCACACCAAGUUUCAGGCUUUAUUAUCUAGUAAAUGGUUUCUAGAUGUUUUAAACUUUUAACUGAGGCGAAUCCAUUUCAGAGCUUGUUCUGGAUGGCCCUGAGUUCCCACUGACCCUGUUAGGUGGGCCAGUUCCUCAAAAUCCUAAGGAAGGAAUAAUUCUGCAGGUUUGCUCUUGCUCAAGGAGGGUUAGGAAGUUUUAAAACUGGUUCUGAGCUAAGGAGGGUUAAAUGCUUCAUAUUGAGACGGGAGGAUGUUGUCUUUAGGAGGAGUUUAAAUCAGUCUCUUAUAUUUCUGGUUGGUUUGGAUUUUGUUUCCGUGGAAUGCUGAGUCAUCCCUUUCCUCUUUUGGACUGUGUCCUCUAUACACAGAUCAAUUUGUGUUUGAAAUACUGUUUUAAGCUUCAAUGGACUUUUCCAUUGGUUUUACCUAUUUAUAUAUUUAUUGGUAGUCAU